AUGUUAGCAAGUAGGAAGGCCAGAAUAUGGGUUCAAAAUGCCAACCGAGGCCAUCAGUACAUCUACAAGUCCUGUGGAGUACGGGGUGGUCCACACACGUCGUCAAAUGUGCAAGAAUCCAGCACCUUUGCUUGCGAGCACAUACCGGGUCGACAGUUUCGCAGUGGCAGCUACAAGUGCAUGUGCCGCCAGGGCUUUGAGUACCCUUUCAACGACCUGACCUGGUUCUUCGACGGCGAAACCAUGGAGAAGGAGUACGACCUGAAGAUGCUCGGCCAGCCAAGUCGCUACGACCUGCUGAAAUGUCGACAGGGCAUUGGCGCCAGCCUCCGGGCCUCAUUGGGUCUGGUCACUGCACUCGUCCUCCUCGUCUACUCUCGUUGCUAG